UGUAGUCAUUGUGUUGUUGUGUGCAGACUGCAGAGUAAUGCAGUAAAUUGCAGUGUACUGCAUGUGUAUGUGUUUAUAUAUGUGUGAUGAUUGAACCAGCGAAAAGUUUGGUUUGCAGUCUGAUAAUUUUAUCAGUCGGUCAAGAGUUUCAUUAUUAUUAUAAUUAUUUAUAUCAUUCGAGUGCCAAUUUUCAACGAUAAAAAAAAAGAAAAUAAUAAAAAAAAAAUAUGGACGUAUUUACUUGAUGUGUCACAUUAUUGUCAUGCAAAUUAAUAGCCAGUGUAUGUAAAAUAAUUAUUUAUUACUUAUAAUUUAUUUUAUUUUUUUAAUUGUGUUAUGAUUAUUGUGUAUAGUUUGUUUAUUUUUGAGUUGAAUGAGCGAGUUGAAUCGAUCUAAAGGCGAAAGUUGUUAUGUACCAGGCUGGUGAUAUACUGUUAAUCAAAAGGUCAACUGAUGUGACAAUUGAUAAUCAUGUAAUUGAAUAAAUAAACAAGAAAGGAAAUUGAAUAAAACAAUAUUUAAAUAUUAAAAUGUCGGAUAAACCAAAUGAAAAUGGUACAAAAAUUGAUAUUAUAAAACAAAAAUUUGAACGUAAAAUAUCUAGAGAUAGUAAUAAUAAUGAUGAUGAUAAUAUUGAUGAUGAUGAUGAACAAAAAGAGCAGCUACGAAGAUCACUAAGUGCAUCACCAGUUAAAAGAAAUUUAAAAUUAAAUGUAACAAGACAAUUUUCAAGUCCAGCUAGUAAAAAUAUAAAACGUACACCAGCAUUUAGAGGUGAUAAAUUAAUAAGAACUAAAAAUUUAAAUUCACCAAUAAAAGAAAAAAUUACGUCAAUUGUUGAUCAUAAUGUUAAGAUAUUUGAGGAAAAACCAGAGUAUGGAAAAAUUGGUAAUGUUAAAAAGAAAAAUACAAUUGAUGAAGAUAUUAAAAAUAAUAAUUUAAGAUUAUUAACAAAUAAUAAAAAAAAAUUUAAUGAAAGUACUGUUAGAACAACAGUUAUAUCAAGACAAAAAAAUAUAUCACCAAUGUAUACAAAUCUUGAUGAUGAUUUUGUGCCAACAAUAUUAACAACAAAUGACAAUGAAAAUUUAAUGAUUGAUGAAUCAAAUAAAUUACAAAUGAAUGAUAAUGAGUAUAUGAAAAUUAAAAAUACAAAAGAUGAUAAUAAUAAUGAAAAGCUAAUUGAUAAUAUUAUUAAAAAUUAUAGAAUUGAUAAUUUAAAUGAUUUAUCAGAAAAAAAAAUAGAAAAUAAAGAUACAAGACUUGAAUUAACAGAUAGUCUGAAAGCUGCACUUAAAGCACCAUUGCCAACAGGUCCAGCACCAAAAAAACCACCACGUACAUUUGCUCAUAGUCCAUUAACACGAAAAUAUCAAAGCAAUAAUUAUGAUGAUGAUAAUAAUCAACGUAGUUCUUGGCUUCAUGAAGAAUUUAAUAAAAAAAUAAGUAUUGAUGUACCUGAUUUUUCAACGAGACCUAAUUAUCAUAAAAAUAUCAAAGAAAAUAAUGGUUAUUAUAUUGAUGCUAGCACUUCAACAGAUGAUAAACAUGAUAAAAAAUUAAUAACACCAAAUAUUAAUGAUUUAAAGCCUAAUAUAUCAAGUUUAAAUUCAAUAAUUAAUAAAUUUCCAAAUGACAAUAAUGAAAAAACAUCAACAAGUAACAAACUUCGUAGUACAAAAGAUUCAAGAAAAAUGCUUGAAAAAUUAGAGACAGUACUUUUUCAACAUCAACAAGCAAUUGGUUCAAAAGUUAUUAUACCAAGUAAUAAUAAAAUUAUUGAAGUUGAAACAAGAAAAAAAUCACAAUGUAGAUCAGAAAAUGAUUUAGAAAAACGUGUUGGUAAAAUUUUUUUUAAUCAUUUAUCAAAUACUCUUGAGGAACAAAAUAAACAUGUUUCAUUAAAUAAAAAUCAUGAUUUAAAAAUACGUAAACAAUCAAUUUUUAAUUGUCCAUAUUUAAAUUGUGCAAGUGAAACAGUAUAUGAACAGCCAAGUUUUAAAAAUUAUUUAACUGAUAGUAGAUCAAUAUCUGAAACAUCAUUGAGUGAUUCAAUAUCAAAUAUUUUAUCAAGUAAUAAUGAUUUGUAUGAUGAAUUAUUAAGUCCAGCAUCAAAAAGACUAUCAACAGAGCUGACAACAUUUUCAGAUGUAAAAAGACGACAAAGUGAUACAAAAAUAAAUGAUGAACGUGUUUAUGCUGAGCCAUUUACAUUUGACAAAAAUUGUGGUACUGAUAUUACAAGUUAUAGCGAGUUAUCACCAGAAGAACAUAAUUAUUUGUCGAGAACUUGGCGAGGUGGAAAUAAACAUGAAGAACAAUUUGAUGAAAUUAAUUCACUUGGACAAAAAAAUAAAGAGCUACAUUAUAUGUGUACUCCAAUUAGUUCAACAGUUCACAAAUACAAUAAUAAUCCUCCAGAGAAUAUUGACAAAACAUCACGUGAUAAAAUAAGUUUUCAAAGUUACAUUGAAAAAACAAAUUCAUCAAAUCAACCGUUACUUAACGGUCUUGAUAAAAUAAAAGCUGAAGAUAUUCUAAACCAGGCAUUUGGACAAUUCGUCAUGGCUGGUAGUGAAACUUCUGUAUCAACAGAUUCAAAUGCUUCAUCUGAUACAGAUAGUCUUGCUUCAACAAAAUCAAUUGGUGAUGAAUCAACAAGUUUAAUUGAUAAACGAAGAUUAUUUAAAAGUCGUGAAAUGAAUAAAAAAUUAAGUAAAGAAGAAAUACAUCGUAGUUUAACUGAAAAACGUAAAAAUUAUGUGAGAAAUGUGUCAAUGAAAUAUUCAGAAACUUAUGUGCCAAGUAUACGUGAAAGAAAAGAUCAAUUAUUUGAUGUAUGUUUACUUGUUGCACUUAAUUUAAGUGAUAAAAAACCAUAUAUCAAAGAUAAAUAUCCAAUAAAUGCAACAGCACCAUCACGUAUUGAAUUAUUUUGUUUUCCUGAUGCUCAAAAAUGGCCAUCAUCAGAUUCAACAAAUUCAAGUCAAUUUUAUUCAUUAUCAUUAAUGGAUGAAAAAGGUAAUCGUAGACAUGGCUAUUGUUAUCGUGUUAGACCAGAAGGUGGACCAAUAUUUCCACUUGCUUAUUGUCUUGUUACAAAACAUCGUGCAUCUGGUUUUUAUCAUAAAAUAUUGCUUGAGCUUGAAUCAAGACAUGGAUUGCCCAACAAAGAACGACGAUAUUUUAUGGAAAAAUUAUACAACAGUACAAUACCAAAGCCUGGUGAUAAUUUAAAAAUUAUUGGAGAUAAAUUAUCAAGACAAACAAUAUGUAAUAAUAAUGAUCGUGAUGAGGUUGAUGAUGUUGUUGAUGAUAUUAACAACAAUCAUGAUAAUAAUGAUAAUAUAGAGUGUAUUAUAAUGCGUUCAAGUGAUCCAAGACUUGAAAGUCGUGAUAUGAGUUCAUUAUUUGAUACUGUUAGUGAUAAAAUAUUAAUAUAUCUAUUUGGAUGUUUAUUACUGGAACGAAGAGUUAUUUUAAUGUCAGAUAAUCUUAGCAAAUUAUCAAGUUGUAUUGAAGCACUACAAAGUUUAUUAUAUCCAUUUAAUUGGCCACAUACAUUUAUACCAGUUCUUCCAGAUACACCUGAAUUAUCACCUAUUAUACAAGCACCAUUACCAUUUGUCAUUGGUAUAUUAAAAAAAAAUAGCUAUCUUAAUUCAGAUGUUGAGUCAAUUGAUGAUGGUAUUGUUGUUGAUCUUGAUACAAAUAAAAUUAUUUGUAUGGUUGGUGAUGAAUCAUCAAUAUUACCAUCAAAACUUCAAAAAGGUAUUAAAACAGCUUUACAUUGGGUUAAAACAAAAACCAAAUAUGGUGAUGGUUUUAGAAAUUUUUUAGUAUCAGAAGCAUUUUUACGAAUUUUUGUUGAAACUUGUGCUCAUCUUGAGGGACAUUUAGUUGCACAACAAGAUGGAAAAGUUAUAUUUCAAAAAGAAUCAUUUAUUAAAGCUUCAAAUUCAAAAGGAAUACAAUAUUUUCUUGAAUGGUUUGUUGAAACAACAAUGUUUCAUGAAUUUGUUAAUGAUUUUAUUGGCUGGAUUGAAGGUUCAACUGUUAGAGAAAAUAAUGAUAUUAAAUUAUUUGUACAAAGAAUAGCUGAAUAUCAAAAAAAAAAUGAUACAAAUUUACAAAAAAAGUAUUCAAAGAAAAAGAAAAAUUUUGGAGAUCGAUUAAAGGACUUGACGAAUUUUUACACUCAAAUGGGUUGAUAAAUAUGUUUUUAUCAAAACAAGGGGCCUUGAUUAAAACACACCUGAUUAGUUAUAUUAAAACGAAAAAAAAAUAUAGCAAUAAAUGCAUCGCUUAAAGAUUCAUAUGAUAAAAUUUAUAUUUAUUAUUAAUUUAAUAUACAAGGGUGAAUCUCAUUUGUAAGAAAUAGGACUGGUUAAUUAUAGUUGGUAUUGUAUAUCAAUUAAGUGUACUUAUAAAUUGUUAUUAUUAUUGAUAUUGUUUUUUUUUUUUUUAUGUAGAAAGUAUGUGCCUUUCAGAUGAAAAAUAAUGGAGCAAAGAUCUGAUACAAUUUUUACAUUUUAUUUUUGAACCAAAUUAUUGUUGAUUGAUAAAUUUAAUAUGGAGAAUAAUGUUAAUUGUUUUCAGACAAUUUUUUUCCAUUAUUGCCAUUUUUUUUAUAUAUAUUUUUUUUGAAUUAACCUGUGAUUAAUACCUGUAAAUUUAAAAGUGUGAAAAUUGAUAUUUUUAUUGAUUUUAUAUUUUUCUUAGUGUAUGUAUUUGGCAUAUGCUGAAUUUUUUUUUUAUAUCUGUAUGUAGCUUUAAUGAUUGACUUAUAUUGAUUGAAAAAUAUAUUGUAAUUAUUGACCAGUGUUGAUGUUUUGGUAAAUGAGUAAAUUUUUUUUAUAAAAAUUUCAAUUUUUUGUUGUUUUAUUUAAAUUACGAAAUAAAUAAUAAAAUUUAUUUUAAAAAAGAG